CCCAAAAUGUUCUAGUAUAUGGUACUGACGGAGAAAAGGCAUUGGGUGAGGGUUUCGGUAGACCUCUCCCUUAUGCCCAGCAUUUACUCUGUGACCUGCAUAUGAAAGAAAACAUAGUGUCAAAAAUGAACGAACUUGGAAUACGGGGCAAACCAUCAGAAGUCAUUCUAAGUGACAUCUUCGGAGGAGAUAUUGGUUGUAAGAGGGUUCCUGGUCUUAUAGACUCGGAAAGCCACGCCCAGUUCGUGACCAAUCUGGAAAAAAUGAAGGAGGAGUGGCUUUCCUUACACCCACUCUCAGAGCGCUUUGUUACUUACUUUUGUAAGUACAAAGCGGAAAUUAUAAGGCAAACGAUGACAGCUGAAUUGAGAUCCAUGGCUGGUCUAGGCUGGCCACCAGGUGUAUACGAUCAGAACGGAAAUGAAUGUAUGAACUCGGUUCUACAAAGAGAGAAACAACUUACAAGGAAAAGGAAGCUUUCUAUUCCCGAAUUUGCCAGGUUGCUGCAGACGGUGGUGAAAAGACAGAGAACAGAAGAGGAUUUAGCAUUUAUUGGCUCGGAGAGCUAAAAAUGGACAAAAAUUACGAGGAAGAGGGAAUGAAGGAGUCUGUCUUUUACAGGAAGACGAGAGCGCAACAAGAAGCGGCGCUCAAAAAAUUUCACAAUCUCCCAGUAAAGACAGUUGACAUAAUUCCUAUCGACCUGGAAAACACAAAUGAAGCGGACACAAUGUCACCAUUGAGUUUGCCUCUAGAAGAUUUUGGCAUUAUCCGGGUUCCCUUCAGUAUUCUAGCACGUAUGUACCAUCGUGCAUCGUUGAUUUUGGCGCGCAAAGAAGAAAAUAUCCAUCCCGAUCCUGGAAGAGGGGACAAUUUGCCACGUUAUGUGGCAAACGAGGCAAUUGAUGCUCCAUCGUAUGCAGUUUGCAAGAAACGUACCGUGCGACGUGGAACAUAUUAUGUGUGCAGCGGCACUUGUAUCGAUUUUAAAGCGUAUGACAUUUGUGCUCAUACUUUAGCUGUGGCUGAAAUGGGUCGUUCAUUGACUGAGUUCGUUCAUUGUUACAAGACAACGAACCAAAGGCCUCCUAACGUGGAUGCCUUGAUUCACAUGGACCUCCCUCCUGGACGUGGGUCAAAAAAGACCAAGGCAACACAAAGAAGGAAAGGUGCUACAAAUAAAAAAAGAGAGGAAGUUGUGGAGAGUUACACUAACACCUCUCCAACUGACCAAUCAGCAUCGAAUCCGGCGUCGACUUUAGUAAGAUCCUCAGGAAACAGAGGCACAGAGAAGGAAGCAGAGAAGACAACAACACAAAAAGACAUAGAAGAGCCUCAGAAUAAUAGCCCCAACACAUCAACGCCGGCAGUUCAAGAAGGUAGUUUCCAGUUGAGCCUUCUUAAAAGAUGCAGCCCUCUGGUGAGAAGGUGUUACGGGUGUAAGGGUGUCUUGAAACUAAGGCGUGGUGAAGACUUUUUUAUUCCCAACCCACCAGAAGACCUCGUCAUAAUAUCAAGCACCAGACGGGCCUAUUGGCAGAAUGGAGAGCAAAAGACUGGACGAUUAGGAAACGUAUACUUUCAUUGUAAGGUUGAGUGCGUCCAAAAACUGCAGCCCCAAUUUAUUCCCUUCUUGGUGAUCAUUUCGGCGGCAGUUAAGCGUGAAUUACUCGAAGUUCAUCAAAAUCAUAUACAGAAAGAGCUAGGUCUCUAGAGUACAUAUGGGGGAAAAAAUGCCAAAUUCAGGAAAUGAUAAAUUCUCACCAUUUAUUAAUAUGUGACUGUCACUGUUUUGUUUGAUGACAUACAAUCACAACAAAAGGUGCUAUAACAUGUGUAGACAGAAAAGUUACCGUUGCCCAUUUCCGCACAGCCCGCACACUUAAAACUUUAUAAUUUGGUUUUUCCUAUUAGUGCAUAAUAUUUUGAUUUGGCCUGCAGUUAGCAAACACUUAUCGAACUCUGACUGUUUCAGAAAUUGGAAAGUUUUCUCUCAAGUCUUUGCGAAAUGUCGAAGUCGUUUUUUCAUUGUCUCUGAGAGGGCUUACUGUAAUAUUUGCGAAACGGAACAAAAUGAAAACGUGUUAUUUGUGAGAUUAAUUUAAUCGGAUCGGUAAUUUGCGAAAGGGAAAUGAUUCCUUUGUAAAUUAGAAAUAUGUUAUUUUCGAAAAAGUUAAUUCUGUAAUUUGCACUUGUGUGAAUUUAAUGAAUCAAUGCAGAGGCCAUAUGAAAGAAAAUGUGUGCCCUUAAGCUAUUAAAGGCGAAAAUGUUAUUUGAAAAAUUACCCAGUGCUGAAGUUGUGCUGUUUUGAUCAUCAAUGUACGAAUUGGAAUGCGUGACAUCACACUCAAGUGUGUGUUCAUCGUAUCUGAAAAGAGAAAACUGUGUCUCUGAAAAGAGAAAAGAUUGCUUUGUACGAUUGUACCAACAGUGAUUUUAUGUAGUAAAGGUAUAAACGUUAAAAUUGUAAGAGCGCUCGUGAAUUCUAUGUGCUGCUAAGUUAAGGGCUGAGGAACGGAAAUUUCGUGAUCUUGUCUGAUAAGAUGAAUGACAAAAGGAAGAUAGAUAAAUUUCACAAUUACAUACUGUAUACCCAAAGGGCAGACUGUUGCUACUAGUGGAGAAAGAAGUACUAGUACGCAGGGAGGGGUGGGAAGUUGAUAUACUGGUAACUGCUACUGAUUUAUGGAGUGUUCAUUGAAUCAUACAAAUUAUUUUGAGCGGCUUUUCGACUGAUUAUUUGUAUGUCAAAAUUUUUGCGCUAGGCCGAUGUGAUAAUAAAGAUUACUUUUAAGGUGUCAUUUCUCCAUCUGUAUGUUCUUGGUCUUCUUGAGGUUUAGCACAGCUGGAUGAGAUUGCGUUACCAAAUGUAACAUUUUCAUUUGUGCGCGCUAUAUUUUUCGUUUUCAGGUAUAUUUUCUCUCCCGCAUAAAAU